AUGAUUACUAAUUCAAGCUAUAUCAAAUUUCAAAUUCUCAGGGCAGCAUCAAAAAAUAUAAUAAUGGAGAAGUCUAAAACCAAUUCUCGAGAAUCAGAAAGAAGCAUGAUAAUUAAUUACGAAAAAGAAGGAUAUUUAGAUGGCUGCUAUGCUGUGCCUAUAGAGUGACUUAAAGAUUGGAUAAAUUUCACAAAAGGAGAUCAUAAACCUGGCAAGCUCAUAACUUCCAAUUUGCUUGAUAGUAAAGGAUUAAUUAAGCCAGGUCUCAGACCAUCCCGCGACUAUAGAAUGUUAAUUACCCCUGUGAGCAAAAAAAUUUUGUUCGCUUAAAGAGGGUUGAUUUUUUUUUAAAUUUUACAGUAAUUUUUUUUGAAAUUUAAAAAAUCCCAUUUCACAAAAAUUUGGAAGCAAGCAUUAACUUAGCUUGCAAAAUUUAUGUUUUAAAAAGGAAGCUGUUUAAAACUAAAAAGAAUUAGUAAGAGAUUUUGCUAUAAUAAUUAUCACUUAAAUAUAAAAAUUGUUUUAGCUUACUGAGGGGGGAGUAAAUAAAAAGCAGUGAGAAUAUUUAUAUUCAAUUUAUGGAGGAGACCCUCCCUUGAUUUGUUCAUCACACGAUAUUUAUAGUUUAAAAAAAACCAGCACAUCUUUUCAGAAACCUCCUUCAGUCAUAGCUAGCAUGAAAGGCACAGGGGAAAUCAAAAGUAUUUCAGUUCAGGACAAAAGAAAUCAAGUUACUACUCUAAGUCAGAGGCCUAAACAAAAUUUUCCAGUUGAAAUGAAUUUAAAAAACUCCAGAUACAUAUCAAUGCCGCCUGUCAAAUCUUUUCAGCCAGCUGUCACCCCAAAAAUUCCUCAGCAGCUGUAUCAGGAAACAACGUCUUCUAUAUCAUCUGAGUCAAGAAGUCCAGAUUUAAUCCCAGCUCAAAGAACAAUAUUAAAACAAGAAAAAAAUGAAAUUCCUCCUAGGCCGAAGUCAAGAUCGUCACUAAUAACUGAUACUAUAUUUGAUUAGAUUAAAUUAAGCAUAAUUCGAUAUCUCCCGUUUCUUAUGUAAAAUUAUAUAAGUUAUAAUAAAAAUAAUUUAAUAAGAAAUAUACACCUCCAAAAAAAUCAAAUUUUGGGACCUAAGCCAAGCGGUGAAUUUAAAUCUAAAUUUAAUCAAAUAGAUGAUAUUCAGCAGUCAAGGCCUAUUUCUGUCUCAAGAGAUAGAGGUGUCAUUGGGUUGGAAAACCCAAUGUUUUAUUGCUAUAUGAACGCAACUUUACAGUGCCUAUUAUCAGUAUUACCUUUUUGCAAUUUUCUGAAGAGCAUUACACAAAGAUCAGAUACACCCUUAUCAAAUGCAAUGUCUGCAUUUGUAAAGGCAUCAGAAAAUGGAGGGAUUUUAAGACCAAACGAAAUUUGAAGGAUUUUUGCUUUAACCUUCCCAGCUGGUCGCCAGCAUGAUGCUCCUGAAUUUUUAAGAAAAUUAUUAGAUGAUCUUGAUCGAGAGCAAGGACCUAAUCUCCCCUCUGUUAGUGAAUAAAAUCAUUGAAAAACCUUUUUUUUUGGGUAAAAAAUGGACCUCCUAAAGGAGCAAAUAUAAAAAUUUGUAUGAAAGAAUAUUUUGAUAUAUGAGUGAUGAUUAUUAUAAUGAAAUCUCUAGCUAGCUUUGUUGAACUUAAAACAUUGCAUAUUAAAGCAUAAAUUUACAAAUUAAUUUAAUUUUUGCUUUCCAAUUUUUGUAAAUUUAGAAAAAAAAAAUUACUAUAGGAUUUAUAUAUAAAAAAUACUAGCUUCCCUUUACUACUUACCAGAAGUUUUUUGGUCUCUUAAGGAGAGGAGGUAAGAAAAGAAUUAAUGGAGGCAGUGACCCAUGAAGGUAUUAUGAAGACAACCACUCGAAAUUUUUAGUUGAAAUAUUUUCAGGAUUGUUUGUUAGUCGGGUAACUUGCAUGAAAUGCAAUAAAAAUAGUGAUGCUUUUGAGCCAUUUACACUCCUAGCUUUAGAGCUGGCUCCAAGUCUAAAUCAAAGUCUAGAGCAUUUCACUGCGAAGGAAAAAAUAAAAAAUCAAUAUAAAUGUGAAUCAUGUAAAAAAGUCACUGAUAUUGAUAAGCAAUAUAAGAUUGUGAGGAAUCCUGCAUAUUUAUUAAUACAGCUAAAGAGGUUUGUAUCUAACGCCUACAGCCCGUACCCAAGGAAGUCAAAUGUUGAAUGCACUUUUGAAAGUGUGCUUGAUGUUACUGAUUACAGCAAUGAAAGGGCUAGAUAUGAUUUGAUUGCUGUUGGAGUUCAUAUGGGGAAUACAGAAGGUGGGCAUUAUUAUUCAUUUUGCAAGCGUGGAAGCCAUUGAUAUCGAUUUAAUGAUUCUAUAUAUACAAGAGUUGAUUUACAAGAAGUUUUACAAUCGCAAGCUUAUUUUCUGUUUUAUGAAAAAAGAUUAAUUUAA